AUGUCCGACAAAGUCUCGUCGUCUCCGUUGAAAUCAACUUCACCUUUACUUUUGGGGAAGAAGAACGGCGACGAGUUUGUUGCGAAUUCUUCUUCUUCCGACGACGACGACGACGCGUCGUCGUUUACGUCCUCGUCCGAGGAGGAGGAAAACGAGGAGAAAAAGAAACGCGAAACAUUGGGAGUGGUUGAGUUUUUAUCGAACGUCGGGAAGCUCUUGGAAACGAGGGAAGGCAUCGAUAAGACUUUGAAAACGUUAAAGUAUUCAUCCGUGUUAACGGCUUUAGUGUUGGUUGGUAACGAGAACGACGAAGACGGACAACAACAACAACAACAACGAACCGCGAAGCAGUUGAGAAAACUUGCGAAAAGUUUGAGCAUAAGCCGCGGGUCGUUGCGGCUGGGGAAGUUUUUAAAGUUUUCUUUGCAGUGUCGAGAACAUUUGGUGCUGUAUUUAGCCGCUCGAGAAGGAGGAAGGAACAAAAGAAGUUCGAAGAGUCGAGAGCGGACGUAUAAACACGCGUUAGAAUUUUUAGCUUUAUUCACGGAAGCGGUGUAUUAUUUUUUAGAACAAGGCGUCUGGUUACAAAAUGUCGGCGUGUUUAGACCGGACGAUCCGGUGAAACGGAAAGAGUUGAAGAUGUUGGCGAUGAAAGUAGAAUUUUUCAUGUACGCUACGUCCAUACCGUUAAGAAUGGUGGAGUGGCGAGAAAUCGAGAGAUUGGAAAAGGCAAUGUGCGUGAAAAAAAAGAACGAAGCGGUCGCGUACGAGAGGAGCAUGUCGCCGAGUACACGGUUCCUUGCUUUCAUUUCGUCGCCGCAAAAGAGAGGAGUGGACGAACGACGAGAGAAAGAAAUAAAAGACGAGGAAACGGCAGCCUUCGCGAAAGCAAACGCGAUCAAGUCGAUUGUAAAAGACUCUUUGGAUUUAGUUUUAGUCACUUCAGAUUUAGAGUGGAUUCGCGAGCAACGCGCUCGUGACUUUGUCGCGAACGAGUGGGUGUAUUCCACGCUCUCCUUGAGCUCUGCGUUGAUUUCCAUCUCCAAGUUAUGGGCGAAAACGUUGCGCGUGUAA